AUGCCACUCGCUAAUGGAACUCGCAACGGCUUUUCAUUCAUCUUGGUGGGUUUGCCUGGUAUGGAAACUGCCCAGUUCUGGCUGGCCUUCCCCUUGUGUGCCAUGUAUGUUGUGGCCAUUGUGGGCAACUGUGCUGUGAUGUUUGUUAUUAAAAGAGAGCCAGCCCUCCAUGUGCCCAUGUACUUCUUCCUCUGCAUGCUGUCUGCUGUGGACUUGGUGCUUUCUACUUGCACCAUGCCCAAGAUCCUUUCCUUCUUUUGGUUUGAUGCCAGGGAGAUUGGAUACAAAGCCUGCCUUGCCCAGAUGUUCUUCAUCCACUGCCUUUCAGGAGUUGAGUCCACCGUCCUCUUGGCCAUGGCUGUGGAUCGGUACAUGGCCAUUUGCCACCCUCUACAGUACUCUGCCAUCCUCACGAACUCAAAGACAGCCAAGAUUGGUUUAGUGGCGGUAUUGAGAGGAGUCAUCUUCUUCCUUCCUUUUCCUUUGCUGAUCAACCGACUUCCAUUUUGUGGUCCCAGGGUCCUCACACAUUCCUACUGUGUCCACCAAGAUGUGAUGCACCUGGCUUGUGGCAAUAUAAUGCCGAACAUGGUCUAUGGAUUGACGGCCAUCCUUGCAGUGAUGGGCCUGGAUGCCCUGCUCAUCUUCAUGACCUACGUGAUGAUCAUGAAGACAGUCCUGCAGCUGUCCUCUCGGCAAGAACGCCUGAAAGCCUCUGGGACAUGCGUGGCCCACGUGUGUGUCGUCCUGGCCUUCUAUGUGCCCCUGGUUGGGCUCUCUGUGGUGCACCGGUUUGGGAGGGGCUUGCCUCUGCUGGUUCACGUCACCAUGGGCAACGUCUAUCUACUGGUGCCUCCUGUCCUCAACCCUCUUGUCUAUGCGGCCAGGACCAAAGAGAUACGCAGAAGGGCCCUGAAGCCACUGAGGAGAGCCUGA